AUGGAAAUCGGGACGGAAUCCAGCCCGGGGCAUAUGGUUGCUGAUAGAGACGAUAAACAUGUUGUGGAAUCGCAGGCCGUUACCAUAUUGGAAAACGCCCCCGUAGGAGCCCUCCCUUCCGGAACCGUCGAUCCCGUGUACGAAGCAAAGGCCCAACUGCUGAACCAAGCGAUUCUUGACAUUGGAAUGGGGUGGUAUCAGUGGCAACUGUUUGUAGUUAUUGGUUUCGGUUGGGCCAGUGAUAAUCUUUGGCCAAUCGUCACGUCCUUGAUUUACACCCCCGUGAAAAACGAGUUCUCCCCGGACCGGCCGCCUUAUCUACCCCUUGCGCAAAGCCUGGGGCUGCUUGUUGGAGCUGUUUUCUGGGGGUUUAGCUGUGACAUAUAUGGUCGACGCUGGGCGUUCAAUCUUACCAUCGGCAUAACGGCAGUGUUUGGACUGGUGGCUGCUGCGUCGCCGAAUUUCGCAGCUGUCGCAGUGUUCGCAGCGCUUUGGUCGCUUGGAGUAGGCGGGAACUUGCCUGUCGAUUCUGCCAUUUUUCUCGAGUUCUUGCCUGCCACUCACCAGUAUCUUCUCACUGUCUUGUCUAUCGGUUGGGCACUUGCUCAAGUCGUGGCCAAUCUCAUUGCCUGGCCCUUCCUUGGCAAUCUAACCUGCGAGCAAAAUGCGAAAGAAUGCCCACGUUCUGAAAAUAUGGGAUGGAGAUAUUUCUUGAUAUCGGUGGGGUCGCUCUCAAUGAUCAUGUUCUUCCUUCGUUUUGCCUGUUUCACUAUCUUCGAAUCACCAAAGUAUCUCAUGGGGAGAGGAAGGGAUCAAGAGGCCGUCCACGUAGUUCAUCAGGUGGCCCAGCGGAACGGCAAAACAUCGUCUCUUACUCUCGAAAACCUGGAAGCUCUCGGGCAUGGCACCACUCAGGGGACAGGUGCGGGAAGUGCGUUGGGAAGAAACUUGGAGAGGUUUGACGCAGGUCACGUCAAAUCGCUCUUCGCGACUCCCAAAUUGGCCUGGUCAACCUCUCUGAUGAUACUCAUCUGGGCGUUUAUAGGACUUGGAUUUCCCCUCUACAACACCUUCUUACCAUAUAUCCAAUCCAGCCGUGGCGCCAAUUUUGGGGAUGGUUCCACCUACAUAACAUACCGGAACUCUCUAAUAAUUGCCGUCCUUGGAGUCCCCGGUUGCGUCGUCGGCGCGGUGUUGGUGGAAGCACCACGGUUUGGGAGGAAAGGGGCAUUAUCCCUCUCGGCCACGCUCACGGGUGUAUUUCUAGUUGCCUCAACCACCGCAUUGUCUUCCAACACCCUCCUCGGCUGGAACUGCGCGUACAGUUUCAUGAGCAACAUCAUGUAUGCUGUUCUUUACUCCUACACCCCGGAGAUAUUUCCAACGAAGGAUCGCGGCACUGGCAACGCACUUACAGCCGCCGCCAAUAGAAUAUUCGGAGUCAUGGCGCCCAUCAUUGGCAUGUUUGCUGAUUUGGAAACGGCGGUGCCGGUUUACAUCAGUGGCGCUCUGUUCAUUGCUGCCGGGGUUUUAGUUAUGUUGCUACCGUUUGAAUCAAGGGGGAAAGCUAGUUUGUAA